AACUUUAAAAAGGUUUCGUAGGAGAUGGUUCGGAGGGUGUACCCGCGCUCAGAUCCUUUUAAGAUUUCGUAGAUUUUAACAACCAUUUUUUUAAGCCUUUGGAUGCAUUUGGAAGCUUUUAGACACCUCCGAAACCUUUUUGGAGGGUUCGGUAAAGUACCUUUUUUUUUUAGAGUGUACCGCACAUUAUUCCCAUACAUGGCUAUACGUCUAUAAUUUCAAAAUAAUUUAAUGAAUUAAACACACUCUAACAUAUCUUAGUAAUUAAGUGUGAUACUGUUAGCAGAAUACAUUUGAUCGUGCAUACUUAGUAACGUUAUUAGAGAAUAUAACUGACAGCUUUUUUUUUUUUGAUGAAAAAGAAAGUUAUCCUAUAUGGACUUUUGAUAUCGAUGUAAUUCUAAAUUUUAGAAAUUCUUUCAAUUGACUACUUAAAAUCUAUUGGUUCAUAUCCUAAUACGCAAUUAUUAAAUUUAAACGAAGAAUUAUUUACUGGACAAUUUAUAGCAUCAAUUAUUUUAUCACAUAUCGAUAUCGAGAAUCAAAUCAAUUUAUUUACUAAACAAACUAAACUUAGUUCAAUUUCAUGUGAAUUUCAUCCAAAUACAUUUAAAUAUUUAUUUGACAUUAUUGAACAACUAACAACAAUAUUACUAUCAAAUCGUACUGUCACUCAUAUUUUAAACAUUUGUUUACGAUUAUUUACAACUCAUCUACAAAUAUUAUCUGAUGUUAAAACUGACGAUCAUACUGAUUUAACAACAUAUAUUAUUGAUGAUGAAUUACAAAAAUGGUUUGAAUUAUUAUUAAAAUUAGCUUGUAAUGAAAAUUCCGAACAAUUUACAAUAUGUGAAGAAGCAUCAAAAGCUCUUAUUAAUGUUAUUAAUAUACAAACAUUAUCAUUUGAUAAAAAAUUAUCCUUAGUUCAUCAAUAUAUUAUUGAAAAUAAAUAUCCAAUUUUAAUUAAACAAUUUUUAAUUGAAUUAAAUAAAAAUGAAAUUUUAUUAAAUUGGGUCAAUGUUUUAUGUGAUGAAAACAAUAAAUCUUCAAUGUUACAAAUUUUAUAUUCAUUCAUUGAUCUUUAUUUCAAUAUAAAAGAUGAACAGAAAUCUUUAAUAGAACAAAUAUUACUUUCAUUUCAACAAUAUCUGCUAUAUCGAUUAGUUGAUCAAUAUGAAAAG